GGACUUCAACUGGAGACUGAGUUUGGCUCACCUGCGGAAUCAACCUCACAUGGGCGACUCACUCAAGGCACCGCAUUCGGUGAGUUUGAAGGUUCUGCGGCUAUCCCGUCCAUCUCUCGCGACGCAGUAUCCGCUCCCAAACCCGACCAACCUCGGAAUCUCCCCCAAAGCCUCCCUCGCCUACCCCUCGCAAAAUGGCACAGAGGACAAAUUCAUCCUCAGCCCCGUGCUCAACCUCCCCGAAGCGUUUGGCUCCGCUUACGUGGGCGAGACGUUCAGUUGCACACUCUGCGCAAACAAUGAGCUCGAUACUUUAGAUACUACAAAGGUAGUCAGCGGGGUGAGGAUACAGGGCGAUAUGCAAACCCCUUCGAACCCUACAGGCUCACCGUUGGACCUUGCUGGUUCGUUGGAUGAUGGCGAUAAUACAGUUUCGCCAGGACCGGGCGAGUCGUUACAACGCAUCUUAAGGUUUGAACUUAAGGAGGAGGGAAACCAUGUCCUUGCAGUUACUGUCACGUAUACGGAGACAGCUCUAGGAGAAGGCAAGGCCGCAAGUGGACGAGUGCGGACGUUCCGCAAGCUUUAUCAGUUUGUCGCGCAGCAAUUGCUCAGUGUUAGGACAAAAGCUGGGGAGGUAAGCCAGAAAGACGGACCAUCGAGGUACCUUCUGGAAGCUCAACUGGAGAACAUGGGCGAAGCUGCAGUCUGUCUCGAGGCCGUCAAUGUUAACCCGAAACCUCCUUUAAAAUCGACAUCCCUAAACUGGGACAUGAAUCCACUAGGAUCACAUCAACAUAAUAAUCCCAUAUUGAGUCCUCGCGAUGUUAUCCAGGUGGCUUUCCUGCUGAAUCAGGAAUCUAACAUGGAGGAAGGGGUUGACGGAACGGCUCCGGGAGACAACAAAAGGGUGCUGGGACAACUCGCCAUCCAAUGGCGAAGUGCAUUGGGUGAUCGUGGGUCUUUGAGUACCGGCUGGCUGACGGCGCGGCAAUGAACAAGUCGCAUUGCGAUUAAUUUUGCGCGGUCCAGCCACCCAAGAGCAGAGAUUGUUUAAUCCUCACAAACUCACGGCACGCACGCUCGCCUCUAGCUCACGACACGUAAGGUGGUGGUCCCAGCAAGUCCAAUCAGCCGCGCGUCCGUGUUCCGGAAACUACUCCGGAGUGUGACAGGCUUGGUGAACACGCCAGAUGAGCGUGUGGCUCACCAAAACCUGAUUGAUGGUGUAGAUCGAUGCGGGUACGACAGUGCAAAAUGACACGAUCGUGAAGCACCGCAGAGAUGUUAGGGAAAGAAGGGCUGGGGCUCUGCGGGAGAUUGCCUGGUUAAUCUCGGAUUGACUUUCAAAGCGGAUGUCGUACAGUAGUACAUGGGUACCUGCGACACAGUAUAGGCCGCUGGCCGGAAUGUGGAGGAGGGGUGACCCCCACCUCUAGGUUCAUCGACAGGGUGAAGCGACCGAACAAGCCAUGGAUGGGUG